ACUGUUCUCCCUUCACGUCGUCAAUAUUACACCUAUCUAACAAGCAGAUCAUACCAAUUGUAAGAGUAGAUGAGGUGGUGUUGGUGGUGUGUAGCGAUUAGCAAAGAAGACUUCAAGUAUUUUAUAGCAGACGAGAUUCGUUUGGCUGUCAGGAUUUUAAAGGUCGGAUAAUCAGUCGAGGGUGUUAUUUGAAUUGACAGUUCAAAUUCUCUUUUGUAUUGUUGGCAAUGGUCAUGUUCGAUAUUGCCGGAUAUUGCGUUUGAGGAAGAAUCUCAUUUUAUCUAUUCUGAAGAAUUCAAUUUUGAAUCUAAUCAUUCAUUCAUUCAUCUUCGCGUGAUGUCGUCUGCUGCGACUUCAUGGUCACCUCAUCUUUAAACAUCUCUCAGCAACCAGCGCGCGUUGACUGCAGAUCCUUCCUGUGUACGCAACGCGUUUUCAUAACCUACAAAUCCACGUGUGUUGAGUGACAUUUGAAGAGAUUGUUGUUGUUGGUCUUUUAAAAGUUGAUCUUUUCCGCAAUAUACGAUGGUGCGUGGCGGAAAACCGAUUAGAGGUGGCGGUAAGACACGGCGAAAAUUUGACAGGCGUAUCGAAAGAAAAUCCAAGCCAGUUAAAAAAGGAAAAUUCAAUAUCAGAGAUGCUCCUUACGUCAAAGAACGUGAAGCCAAAAAUGAGGAGAUUGAGAAUAGGCGGCAAAGGCUUGAGGCGGAAAGGGAAAAACAAAUGCAAAUUGAAGCAGAUAGUUCCGAGGAUGAACAAGAGGAUCCGAUGAAAAUGUUGCUCUCAGCUUUUGGUAACAGAAACAUCUCGAAGCAAUCUACCAUAGCAUCAGAAUCGGAUUCUGAGUCUGAAUCUGAGAAUAAACAGGAACCUGAUUUUGACAGGAAUUCUAUUGAAGAAGGAGAUCUUUCACCCAAAUCCUUGAAAAAUAACGAAGAAGAUUGUAACAUAGAGAUAGCUCUGAAUGAUGAGGAAGAGGAUCCUGAAACAACUCAAGAAGAUGCUGGAAACCUUCGAGAUCCAUUUUCCAUACAUCUGCUGAAUGAUCUGGAUAAAGAUCUAUAUAAAUCUGUGUCUACCAUGCCCCAACGAGUGGUAACAUUGAAACGGAAUUGGCCAAUUCUGGGAACCAUUGAGUUCCAGUUACCCACUGUCCAAGAAGAAUCUGAAGAGCCCAGUCCUAUCAAAAAAUCAAAGGUCUUGGUGCUGGAAGAAAAACGUUACGCAAGACACGGGAAUAUACCCGAAAUUAUUGACAAAAUCAAUUGGGAAACGUUGCACAUCAAGACGCAAAUCCAAGGAAAUAUUAGCAAGGCAAACUACGACAAUAUUAAAGAAUCUAUCGAGUCUGAUCCAAGCCCACUAACUCCUCUGCAAAUGGAACUAUUCUCGAUAAUAAACAAUUACCAAGAUCUUUAUUAUGGGGAACAGAAUCAUUUGAAUAGAGAAGCAAUCAGAUUCCUCUAUUGUCUGCAUGCUGUUAACCACAUCCUCAAAACCAGGACCAAAAUUCUGCACCACAAUGCAAAACUCGCCAAAGCAAAGAAGUCAGAUUCAGAAAUUCCCGAGGAAUAUCGUGACCAGGGAUUGGUUAGGCCAAAAGUUCUCAUAAUUGUACCAUUUAGAGACUCCUGCCUUAGAAUUGUGAAACUCCUCAUCUCUAUUCUGAUAGGAGAGGACAAAGGAGGCUCUGUCAUAAACAAAAACAGAUUCAUGGAGGAUUUUAGCGGGAAUGAAAUAGUCAUGCCUAAGAAAAAUCCAAAGCCGGAAGACUAUGAGGAAACUUUCAAAGGUAACGUAGAUGAUACCUUUAAGAUCGGUCUUUCGGUUACAAAAAAAACUCUGAAACUCUACUCAGACUUUUACUCAUCGGAUAUAAUUAUCUCCUCUGUACUUGGGCUGAGAAUGCUAGUUGGGGCAGAGGGGGAAACAGAUAGAGAUCACGAUUUUCUUGCAUCCAUUGAGCUUCUCAUCAUGGACCAGACAGAGAUCUUUACCAUGCAAAACUGGGACCACCUUCUACACGUUCUUGACCACCUGCACCUGCAGCCCAAGGAAUCACAUGGGUCAGACUUCUCACGUGUUCGUAGCUGGGCUGUUAAUGGUUGGUCGAAAUAUUACAGACAGACAUUGAUCUUCUCUGGAGUUCCCCUGCCUGAGAUACUAGCGAUAUUUAAUAAACGUUGCUUAAACUACGCCGGGAAGGCCAGGGUUGUGAGCAAGGUUCUUUCUGGCUCUGUUUGCCAAGUCGUCAUGCAGGUGCCUCAGGUUUUCCACAGAUUCGAGUCAAGGGACCAUGCCCACGCGAUUGAAGCUAGGUUCAACUUUUUCAUUUCCAAAAUCCUUCCUCAGUACAAAGACUCAAUUAUGAAUCAUACGCUGGUAUACAUUCCCUGCUACUUUGAUUUUGUCAAGAUUAGAAAUUAUUUGAAAAAGGAGGAGCUCAGCUUUUGCCAGAUAUGCGAAUACUCCAAAGAUGCAAAAAUUGCCAGGGCUAGAGACAUGUUUUAUCACAGCGAUUCACAUUUCCUUAUUUACUCGGAGAGAUUUCAUUUUUUCCGAAGGAUUCGCGUCAAGGGCAUAAGACACGUGAUUUUUUUUGGACCCCCAACGAUACCUCAUUUUUACUCAGAAAUUUGCAACCUUAUGCAGGAGGCUAAUCAGAAUCCCAAUUCAGGAUCAGAUAGCAACAUGACCGUUACUUUGAUUUACUCUAAAUACGACGCUUUAAAACUUUCGGGAAUUGUUGGCACGGAAAGAGCUGCGAAAAUGAUAAACUCGACGCAAGAUGUUCACAUGCUAAUGACUGCGGAUUAGAAUUUACACGUCGACAGGGUGCUACUGUGAAAAAGCGCGUGGAAAUGAGAGGAAGGUGUACCUAUUUUGGUAAUAAACUCCUGUUUUAUUUCAUAAUCAGGCAAUAUACGUCUACGUAUGUAAAUAAGCUUUUUUCUGGUGUACCGUUCUUAUAGACCCCAGUGAUAGGCCGUUGUUGACAAUCAUGUAAUGUAAUAUAAUACAACAUAAUGUAAUAAGAGAAAAUGAAA